GCAGAGUGCGGGCUACUUACUCACUCGCAUCGUACGCGCCGUUUGCUGACCCGCCUGUUCUUGCGAGGGACUGCCGAGAGCAGAGACUGGUCCUCUGCCCGAACUCCGUUCUCCUCCCACUUCCCUUGGCUGUCAGGGCAGAGACCCCUCGGCUUUAUUGAGGGGACUGCUGGUGCCAGAGGGCGCUGAGAUCGCAGUAGCAGCAGCAGCAGCAGCAGCGAGCAAGCAGCGCUGUGGGAGGAGUUUGUGGUUCAGGGCGGAUCCCGCAGAGCGGCUCCUGGUUGCUGGCCGGCUUAGGAGAAAGAGAAAGAAAGAGGCUGGCCGAGCAGCUGGGCGUCCUUGGUGCUGGCACCGCCGCCCGAGCAUGAGGAUGGCUGUCGGCGCAGCAGCGGCUCCAGGAGACGGGGGCUCGCCGAAUCCCGGUCCCGCUGCGGUCUCUCUGGGCUUGAGCGUGGCUGUGGUGUCCAGCCUGGUCAAUGGCUCCACGUUCGUGCUGCAGAAAAAAGGAAUCGUGCGGGCGAGAGGACGAGGGACUUCGUAUUUAACUGAUAUAGUGUGGUGGUCAGGUACUAUUGCAAUGGCGCUUGGCCAGAUUGGGAAUUUCUUAGCUUAUACUGCAGUUCCUACUGUUCUGGUGACUCCACUUGGAGCUCUUGGAGUCCCAUUCGGGUCCAUUUUAGCUUCCUAUCUACUGAAAGAAAAACUGAACAUUUUGGGCAAAUUGGGCUGCCUCCUGAGUUGCGCAGGUUCUGUUGUUCUCAUCAUUCAUUCUCCAAAGUCUGAAAGUGUCACCACUCAGGCUGAGCUUGAAGAAAAGCUUACAAAUCCAGUAUUCGUGGGUUACCUCUGUAUUGUGCUUCUCAUGCUGCUUCUACUUAUCUUUUGGAUUGCACCAGCCCAUGGACCAACUAACAUUAUGGUUUACAUCAGUAUUUGUUCAUUGUUAGGAAGUUUCACUGUGCCUAGUACAAAAGGAAUUGGACUGGCUGCUCAAGAUAUCUUUCACAAUAAUCCAUCAAGUCAAAGAGCAUUGUAUCUCUGUUUGGUUCUGUUAGCAGUACUGGGGUGUAGUAUAAUAAUUCAGUUUAGGUACAUCAAUAAGGCACUAGAAUGUUUUGAUUCCUCAGUGUUUGGUGCCAUCUAUUAUGUAGUAUUCACCACUCUUGUCUUGCUGGCCUCAGCCAUUUUGUUCAGAGAAUGGAGUAAUGUUGGUGUUGUUGACUUCUUGGGAAUGGCUUGUGGGUUCACCACUGUAUCUAUUGGAAUUGUUCUUAUACAAGUCUUCAAAGAAUUCAAUUUCAAUAUUGGUGAUUUGAAUAAGCCUAAUAUGAAGACCGAUUAAAUUCUUAAUGUUCAAGGGAAUUGGGUAAUCCAGAGAAUGAUGAUGUCUUCAAUUUUUAGGCCACAGAAAUGAUAGCCUUUAAUUUCUAAACUUUAAAUAACACCGCCUUUCAUUCCUUGCUGGAAUAUGUGAAAUGAAUUAGUGUUCUUAAAUCAAUUUCUUAGGACUAUUGUCAUGCUUUGUAUCUUAUGGUAUCAAAUGAUUUUAUAAACCUCAUAGCAAGUAGGACAAGAAUUGCAUCACCACAGAAGCUGAUGUAUUUCUUUAUCCUUAAAGAUUAUCUAUGUAGUGUAGGAUUGAAUUAUUUUGGUCUAUGAAGAACCAGGAAUCUUUUCAAAUGAUUACCCAAAAUCUUCUGGUUGUGUGAAUCAACUGUCAACAUUUGUGUUUACAACUGAGCAGGUGCCAUGAGUGAUCAAUAGCCCUUUUUAAAAAUGUAGAUACACUUCAAAUACUAGAUUGGGUUUUCUUUCUAUUUCCCUUCACAGUUAUGAUUCAGAUUUCAGUAUUUUUCCAGGUGUAUUUGAAGAUUCCACAACGGUUGCUACAGACUGUGUGUUGAUAUGGUUUGUUCUUUCUCUACCUUUGUAAUUUGGACCGAUGACAUAAUUAUGUCCAAAACUGGGGCAGUGUGUUUAUAUCUUAACAUAUAUUCUCUCAUACCAGCUCACAAAGUUGCUCACAAAUCUAAGUAAAUACAGCACUUAGUUGACAGUUACGCCUCUUGUUCACAUGAAUCACUUAAUGUAUGUCAAUAUAUUACAUUAAUUCAGGAGCUUUUACUUAAUAUAAAACAAUGUGAGGAAUGUGUUAGAUCAUAACCACUUUCUACCUUUUUUGGUAGAUCAUUUGUAAACAGCUGGAAACUACUUCAGUGCCUUUUCUAUUAUAAUAAGAUCACUUUCAUGGGGUGGUUCAUGUUCUCUAAUAUUUGGGUGUCCUCAUGCUUAUCAAUCUAACAAAGCAAAGAGACACUAAUACGAUAUUUGAAUUAUUAUGGGGUAACUUCUAUGCACUUCCAACUGGUGUUUGUUUAGAACAAAAGUAUUCUAUUAUAGUAGUAUUCAAUUAUGUUCCCUAGAAAGUUUUCCCUAACAAAUUCCAGUAAACUAUUGUGUAGCAUCCUUUUGUCAGCUUUUGAACUGGCAAUUUUAGAGGCAUUAUAAAGGAAUUUGUAAGAGGAAAGAAAAAUGUUGUUCGGUUAAGGGAAAAAUAGCUAAGUGAUUAUUCAGCAGGGCCUGGAAAUUGUUGUCACUCACUUAAAAGAACAGAGAAAAACAAUGGGGUUUCCACAAUACCAGUGUUUCUCAACCUUGGCAACCUUAAAAAGUGUGAACUUCAACUCCCAGAAUUCUGGAAGUUGAAGUCCACACGUUUUAAAGUUGUACUAAGUAUAAAAACCUCAGUAUAAAAAACUGCUAAGUUAAAAGAACAUUUUCGGAUUCAGAAACUAAGCGUUGUCUUUUUCCUAGGUAAUUUGUUAGAUUUGAUUCAAUUGUGUUUACAGGUUCUCAGUAUGACUUGAAUUAACAAUAGUGAAGUCUGUCAUAGAAAUAGCAGUUUUGUGUCAGUGUCAAAGAAAUACUAUAUAAAUAGGUACAUGAAUACUUUGCCAGAUUAGGUUUUAUUUAUUAUUCUGUAUGCCAUUUUGUUGAACUUGUAAGCAAUGCAUUACUUUUUAAAAUCACUGCAUUUGAAACUUCUGAACUCAGGAGGCAUGUGACCCAGAAAUAUUUGUGAAGGAAUGAGAAAUCAUGUGCCCAGUACAAACUCUGCCCUUAUAUACUUUGGGAUGUCAUGAUGCAAGCACAAAAUAUUGACACUUGUGUCAUUAUGUCGUGAAACACGUUAUUGUUUUGGCAUCAUCAAAGUUAGGAACAGAUUCCAACUAAUAAUGUCAUAGGUAUCAAUUUGCACCUUCAACCAUUUUUAAACAUACUUUAUCCAUUGUACAGAAUGGCUGUUUUUCUCAAUCAAUAUAAGCAAUCAGAUUUCUUUUAAAUUCUGAAAAUUGCAAAUUGGAGAUGACUUUCCAAAAUAAAACAGCUUAAUAGACAUGCCUUUUGCAUGUUAGGGAUAAAGACUGUUUGACUGUAUAUAUGUAUAGUAUAAUAUGGAUAGUAUGUAUUUUAAAAAGAUUAAAACUAAUAGCUAGUUGAACACUUGGAACAUUAAAUAUCUGAGAAUGCAUUAUAGGUGCAGCCUGAAUGGGACUUCUCAUUUUCUAUAAUGGACACCAUGGGAAGGAAAAUGUGCAUCCGAAUGCAGCUAUUCAUAAAACAUCAAUUUAACAAAGAGCAACAGGGACUAAUUCCUUUUACCACACUGUGUUGUUCCUACUAUUCAAGUUGACUUUUACGGUUUUUAUGGAUGGAUAGACAUGCUUCAGAACAAAGCAUUGGCCUAUAGUCACACACCCAUUUUUAUUUUCUGAGAAUACCUGUAAGACUACCUAUUGGACUCGGAGAAAUUUCUUUGGAAAUAAAUCAUGCUUUCUUUUAAAACAAAACACACACAUAUAGUCAGAUGGGGCAAAGAAUCUACUAAAUACCAAGGUAGGAAUCCAUAGACAGAUUGGCUUCUUCCCUCCAUUGGAAUGAUUUAAACAUUGUCAAGUUUGAACUGGACAGAUCCCUUUCACCCUGUACAUAUAUGGGGUAGAGGAAAUGCAUGCUAUAACUUCAACAUAAUGGCAGUCAAAAAAUAACUUCUGAAGUAAUCUUUAAUCAACUUUUAAUGUCCAAACACUGGUUUGGCUUGCUUAUUUAUUUAUUCAUUUAAGAAAUAUCCAUUUUAUCUUCUCCCAAAUGGUUUUAGAUAGCUUACAAGGCAGUCAUUAUUUCUAAAUGUCAUGAAAAUCUUCCUGCAAUGUGUGGCAUGUACAGAGAGGUUAGAAGAAACAUGUUAAUAUGGAAGAGAUAAAAAUGUUUGAGUCUCUCCGAUUACUUGAAGAGAGUUUUGCUUGAGUUGCAAUCCAUUCACUAGGUAUCAUGCAUAUCAAAGAAAAUUCUAAAUGCUUAUAGCAUUUUGCUCUAACAAGUUGGUAUGGGCUUUUAGCUCCUGCCCUUAAUCAGUAUUCAUAAUCAGUAUUAUUACUUGUUACUUUUUAAACAAAGUAUAGCUUGACAGUCACAUUCUAGCUUUUCAAUUUGGGUGAUUUCAGUUUUGUUUUCUUUGACAUAUUUAGGUACAUGGUUUGACUUUUCUAGAAAUUAUCACAAAUUAUACCUUAUUAUUUAUGCCACUUUUCCCUCUGUGAAGAAAUACCUAGCCUAGCACACUGUAUUAAUGCACAUUUAAAAUUGUAUACACAUUUAAAAUCUUUCAGCUGUUCUUUAUUGAUUGAGGCACUUACUAGGACAUCUUGGCUGGGAUAACUAACAUUUGUUUAGAAUGUUAAGAAGGAUGUUACUAUCCUCCAAAUAAAAGCUUCAGGGCAAACAUGUAUUUGUAAGCAGUGUUACAAUUUAGAAGUAGUUUUGGUUUAUAUGUAUAUAACAUUAAAGAAUAGAAUCUUGUUCUGACAAGUUAAAAUGUUUUAGAAAAACCAAGCUAUUACUAUUACAAAAACUUGAUCUAAAACCAUGAAACUACUAGAUGACACCUACCAGCUGCCAGCCCUAGCUAUGGCAGCAAUUAAUUGAGAAUCAAUUGACACCUUAACACAUUGCACUAAACCACAUAUAGUUAGUUUGGCUUUGGCUUCAUUUGCAUGAACUAGUCAUCAUAGCUUAUACAAUAAACUAUGGUGAAGCAAUAUGUGCCCUUGCCAUCCAAAUUUCUUUGUGCUGCUAUUACUCUUCACUAAGGCAUUACUGAUAGAGAAAACUUUUUGAUAAGGAUGACAUACAUAUUAUUUUGUGGUUUAGAAUCUUGGUUUUGACUUUGAUGCCUUUUAAGUUGAGACAGCCUUAUAGCUAAAUUCCAGAAAGUUGUAAUGUAUAUAUUAGCAUUCCAUGUAACUUGUAUCUGUAGCUUCUAACUUUUUAGAUGAUACAUAUAGAAAUACUUAUUUUUGCUACUUAUUUUAACAAAUAGUAUUCUUUUUUCCCUUUUAAUUCUCUCUAGAAUAGUCAUCAAUAAUGAUGAUGUUAGCACUGGACCUUACUUCCAUUUCCUGAUUUUUUUAAUGUAUCUUUUUUUGUUAAUAUUUUGCUAUGUUUUUUUUAAGAUGCAGUGAUUAAAUUAUUAUAAUUUUAGGUAUGGUAUGCCAUACUGGGCAAUAAAUGUGCUGGUAUCUCUUGAA